UAGUAAAUUUAAUUUAAAAUUAAAGAGCCCAAUGUGUGCAAUCCAUAAUCGAAUGAUAUAUACAGCCUGCGAUCGGUGAUAAUGAGCGCGGCGAUGAACAAUCGCUAAUCGCGAGUGCAAAACCUGAGUAGCAGCAGUAACAACAGCAACAUCAACAAAAGCAGCAGGCGAAUCCAACCCACACCGCCCGCUUCUCCCCGCUCCAUCCACACACACACACACAAACACACACAGAGCAACAGCGAUGGAGGCGUUGGAAGUGGAGGACACCAGCGAUGACAGCCUGCCCAUGGGGUUCCCAGAAGUGGGCACCUGGAACAGCACCCACAAUGUCUCCUUGAACGACAUGAAUCUGGAUGCGCGCAUGAUAUGGUUGCUCGCCUCGCUGCUAACCACAAUCACCUGGGUGACUUAUAUUACCUUCUACAAUUCUCGAGUGAUUGGGAUGCUGAUAACGAAGAUCGCCAACCGUUGGUUCAUCAAGGGCGCAUACUUCAAAAUCGGUUCUGUUGCCCUAAAUCCGCUGGCAGGGAAGAUAAUGUUCCGAGACUUCGUCUAUAUCACGUAUGACUACACAGUGCGGGCCCAGGACGGAUACUUCAUAUUUCGCUGGUGGCGCUCCUAUGUGCCCAAGGAUGUCUCAGAAGAUCUUUCUCAUUCGGACACGCGCCUUUCGGUCCAGUUAAAUGGCUACGAGCUGCAUAUAUACAACAGAUCGGAUUUGUACGACACGCUGGAGAAGACCUUUGGUCUAGAACCAUCGCUGCUUAUACCGACAGAUGCGGCCAGCAAUGAGGAACGAAACAAGCUCAAGGAGCACCACAUGAACCUGGAAAACGCACGACAGAGCCAAAGGAUUCAGAAUGUAAAGAACUCGGAGGCUAUGCAGGCCACCACCUGGCGGGACUUAAUACCAGUGAUUAAAAUUGACGUCUGCUCCGGUCGCUUUGUGUUUGGAAACCGAUUAACGCCAACUACACUAUCGAUUUCCGUAGAGGAGGCCCAUUGCACCUACAGUACCAAGCCAGCUGUCUGUAGAUUGGAUCACUUUAUGCACUUUGUGAAGGCCAAAGUCGAAAAUGCGAAAGUGCUCUUCUGUCCGAGUCCCAAGUAUACGGGUUUGAUUGAUGAACCACCACGAUAUAUGGGCGAGGGCUUUGUAGUGAUGAUGUCCAAUCAAAUGGAUCUGUAUUUCUACAUGGACGAGCCAGGAGUUGUGCCGGAACAUCCUGUACAGAUUGUCCUGCCCAAUGGUGAUGUUGUAGAGCCUUCGCCUCCGGUCUGGGGCAUAAAUGCAAGGUGUCUCAGAGGCACUGAUUUCAGCUAUGGACCUUGGGCAGACCGUCAAAGAGAUCAUCUGUACAAGUAUUUUUACCCUUCAGAUUGGAAGCAGGCGGAAGUUACUCCCACACCCCAGCCAGGAGAACUUCGCAGUUAUCAAUCCUUUGAUGUGACAUUAUGCGUGCUUAAUGAGGCUACUAUUGACAUACUCUUUUCCAAAGAAAAAGAGACGAACGCAAUGCACAUUACCGUGGGACCUGCUUCAUAUGUAGAGGUAACAAUUCCCUGGGUCACGCAACCCGAUGGUUACACAUCGAAGAUCCAGGGACAGCUCUUCCACGUGGAGGCCACCACAUCACUGCAGUAUCGCAGCUUGGCAGAGUUUGAGUCCUUAGAGUACAAGGUGCGCAUACACUACCCGACCAAGUGGAACGCACCACAGGAUUGGAGCAUUUCUCUUUCCGGCUGCAAGACGAGUGCUUUCAUAGUGUACAAACACAAGUGCUUCUUCCAGGAUCUCAUUGAGGAUUGGGCUAAUAAGGCCAGGCCGGAUAUACUCAGUUUUGUCCCGUAUACCUGUAACUUUAGCAUCCGGCUGCAUGAGUUCGAAAUUCUUAUGCUUUGCAACGAGUACAAUUGGAUCGAUUGCAGUAGUGCCAACCAGGAGAACAAUCAUUUGGCUUUCUGUGGAGACGUCUUUGAGAUGAGUUUCGCCCUGCCCUUUGACGAUUUUCUGCCCAAGACGGUUACUCUAAAGUUUUGGAUCCACGGAGAGGGUUUGGAUUUGAGCUUAUACGUACCGGAAGUCUCCUCGGUGCGUCCUAUUGUUUUAGCCAUAGAUGAGAACGCAAGACUGCUGACCAGGGAGGGCAAACUCAUCCGGCGCCCAGAGUUGUACUCCAAGAAGUGGCGCAAGAUUUGUCAGCGCUCUGCCGGUUGGAUCGACUGCUGGGCAGUGCCUAUUCUGGCACUGUCAAUUCAGUACGUCUAUCAUCCUGUUCCACCAUUAGGACCAGAUCCUCAAGCUGAUAUAACUACGCCAGAAAAGGAGGAGAUCUUACUGAGUCCUAUGCGGAUACCGAAAGUUAGAAAAUCACCAGUUAGUAGCUGGCAGCAGCCACCAGAACAGUAUAGCAAGUUUGAUCCCGGAACGCUGGCCGCGGACCAUGUUACUGUGGAACUGGAGAUUGGUAGUUCCGUGCUUAUGGCUUAUGGGAAUGUGCUGCGAAACUUUAUCAGCCUGAAGGAAAAUAUUUUCGGAGAGGAUCAGAAUUUCACGGACAUGGAGCAAUCCAAUGUAAAUAUGAAGGAGCCCGGAGCUGCGCAAGUAAAUCCCAAGGAUCAACUUCUAGCCAAAGAAAAAGAGCUGGCCAAUAAAUCCAUUUCAGAGACUCAACCGCCCGAGGAAAAGCGCAAACCCUUCGAUCCCCGUCUAUAUCGUCCCCUGGAGGUGAUGGUCUCUGUUAUUGUGCAUGACAUUCAAGCGCACGUAAUGAAGAAUUGCAAUGAAGAUGAUCCGCCAUGUCCAGUGGUCCUAAUUGAAAGAUUCGGCUUCGAGAUGAAUAAGAAGUAUCAUGAAACCACUCUGCAAGUACUAGUUAGUCCGUCGUAUUUACUGACCUCGGAUUGCCUGCAACGGUCACAGAGGGAGCAGCAUAUUAACCAGGGUCACCUAAUGCUCUCCGCAGUCCAGGUCAGAGGUCAUGCAAUGUUCAGCAAUGAGGGCUGUGCUCUGGACGAGGACACUUUGGAAUACUCCUGGCUCGUGGAAGUGCAGUUGGGCAAACUUACCGGAAAGCUUACCCUUCCACAGCUCGUAAACGUCGUUACAGGUCUGGAGACACUUAUACUCUUGGCCAUUGACCCGGAGAACUGUUUAAAGUCACCUAAGACAGUAAGAAACUGCCAUCACGGAGUGCCCAGCAAUUUAUGCCCCCAAACGAAGGAAGAGAAGAAAUACAAGUGUCCCUCCUCCGAGGAUAUAAAAUACAAAAUGACGCGCGUUUCGGUGGAUGCAGUGGAUGUAUAUCUGAUAGAAAGUGGCACGGCGUUGCAUGCCUGGAUCUCUCCUAUUCGUUUGGCCAAUUGUAAUCUUCACGGCCAGCGGGUAAAGUCGGGGAUCUCUGGGUUGCUGCCCUCCAUUCUAUUGCGUUUGUUCAUGCUCCACACGACGAACUCGACAUUUAACACCAACACUACUGGCAGUAAUCGUUCAGGCAAGUUAAGGCGAGCUGAUCAGGAUUCUCUAAAGUCCCAGGAUGCAGGGGGAUCCCAUUACGCUUCGCAUGGAAAGGCCGGUAAGCGAAGCUCGAACUCCUUCUCACGGCGAGAUUCUCGCGAGGAGGCAACGCGGAAGCUUAGGGGAAGUUUUUCGGAACCACAUACCAAGCGUACACCAGAAACAGAGAUAUCCGAAAAUUGGGUGGAGGUCGGCUGCACUUCGCUGGGUCCUAUUUUGUUGGAGGGAGCUUCGGCUUUACCCAUUCCGGAUCACGAACUGCAUCUCGUGCAGCACAACUUUCUGCGUGAGCACGAUGCCAAAUUUAAGCGACUGUGGUUCCUGUGGUCCAAUAAUGGAAGUGCAUUGUCCUCUGGCAGUGAGAUCUCACGUUGUGGCUGUAUCGGUGGAUGUGCCUUUUUUGGAAGCAAUCGAAAUGGACAAAAAUUCUUCAAGCCAACGGCUCAGGAUGCCCAUGAUAACUACAAUAUUGCGCGAUACUUCAUCAUUAACAACAAUAAGGACUUUGGUUUCGGCGAAAGCAUUCUGCACCAGGGUCAACUUGUCUUCCACACCCCGCCCUACAGUCUUCAUUGUGUUUCCCUGUACGACACAGCCGAUUUUAAUGGCAAAGGCCGCCUGUACAGACCAGCUGGAGAUCUGCGGAAUGGAAGUCUGAAGAAGACGGAUCUCUGCUCUUUACCCGAUGGCACCAAGUUUAAGAUCGGGGCGAGUGGAACAACUGGAGUUGAGAAACCUGAGCCCAACUGCCGAAACAAGUCUCGAGAGAGCAUUGGAUCACCGAAUACUUUGGAAAGGAGGACUAAGCGGUAUCCGUGUACUAGACAAACUUCCGUGGAGGUACCCUACGCCCGCCUGCUGGAUAGUCCCUCCAAGAAGCUGCAGCUGCAGCACGAAGCGUCUGCCCGCGACGCGGGAAGUAGCCAUCGACGUGGUUCUGAUUCAAACAGGCUGCGGGUUUCACCACCUAAGACUAGCAUUUCCGACUCCAGACUGACAGGGGAUGUCCUCGAUGAUGAAACAGAGAUACCGGACGAAAUGUCGCACUCGGCUCCUCAUUCACAUCCGCUGGAAUUCGAAAUUGCCGAUAUUGCGCUUCAUGUCCAAGGACUAGGUGGAGAUCACCUCCCACGAGAGGUACAGCGCACUAUAUCGUUGACAUCGGAGAACCCCUCAGAGAUGUUCUUCUCCGCCGAAGAAGAUAUAUCCAAUGUAAUGUCUCAGCGGGGAUCUAUGAAGCAGCGAAACAGUGUAAAUAGUGGAUCCGUAGUGCUGUCUGGAAAGAAACGAUUCUCAUCGGAUCUCAGCAUUGGAGCGCAAAACGAUAAUGGAAGUCACACAUUACCCACAUAUCGCAGCGAUCUAGAAAUCCACGCUCCCGACGGCAACAAAACACUUCCAAAGCGCCCGCAGAGCACCACAGAACUGGCCGAUUCUCGUGGCUCAUCGUCUGGCACCCCUUCACUGUCUUCCAACUCUUUCAUAUCGGCCAUGUCUUCACAAGAGGAUGUGGCAUUGGUCAAUCUGCACCAGCAGGUCAACAGGCCAAUUAUCGACUCACCCUUGCUGAUGGCCAGCUACCUAAACCAUUUGUCGCAGGUGAAGUGCUUCAACUGGAAUGGAUGUUCCUUUCCCUUGGGUCCAGAUGUAUUCUCUACUCCACUCUUCUCGGAGAACGAAGACGGUGGAUUGACCUACAUUGGUAGCAAGAUGCUGCCCCACUUUGAUCUCUACUCCUGUUGGCGGGAGAUUAAAGUGGUUCCUCGAUACGAAAACGCCACUGGUAGCAACAGCUCGGCCACUUUUAUGGGCGGACCCAAGUCUCAUCCCUGGGACCCCAGUGUGCUCCUAAAGGAGGAGGAAUCGGACAAGACUACAAACGGUUUUGACGAUGGAGAGUUCAUGAGUCUGCAGGCGGAGGGAGGAGCGGUCUGUACCUCGGUGGUGGCCAGGCUAAAAGGUCAACUGAAUGUCUUCCUUACCCCGCUUCUGCUCGAGGGAUUACAAAGAAUGGUGGAGGCCGCCGUCCCAACAAUUCAAUCAAUGCACCUGCUCUCGGUGGUGAACUUCAUCCACACCUCCUGUAUCGCCAAGGUGAACAACGACAAUAUCCUGAAGCGGGAUCAGAGCUUGAGCUACUGGUCGCAGGUUCACUCGAACUCCAAGCGAUCCACAACGGAAAGACAUCUUCAGGGACCCGGGGACUCGUUCCUCAGCGACGUAUAUGAGGAGAGUAUUUCCACCAAAACUCAGGGUCUGAUUGUCUUGCCGAAGGUCAGCAUCACCAUGCUGCAGUCCUCCAUUGUGGAGGAGAUUAUCUCAGUGGCAGCUUUGGAUAAUGUACAAGAUCUAAGCUGCGUGUCACUGCUCACCUUUUACAUGGAGGGAAUCUCCACGAAGUUCCACCUGGGAAAGACGACGCGUGCGUCCAUGCACAACGUCUACAUUCAGCAAACGGUCCAGUCCGGAAGCAGUAACAAAAAGGGUGGCAUCAUGAAGGGCACACGCGCUCUUUUGGCACAUCUUUCCUCCCAGACGCGCCCCGACAAUGUUCAAGGAGAGCCCAUUCUUAUUGAGACAUCGGAGAAGCAGUUGGAGGAGCUGGUCAUAACGUUGGAUAUCGGAAGAGCUCAUGCGCAACUGCGACGCCUGAAGACAGAAGGGCAGUCCUGCACCCAGGACUCGCCCAUCAUUGUCACUGCCAUUCCAGAACACAAGAGCAAAGUGCUGUUUGAAUGCCUGAAAAUGCCGGAAAGCACGGGCAUCGAAAGCAUUGGCUACAUUAUGUUCGAGUGUGGCUUGGAGGGCGUGGGUGUGAAGAUAGUUAAGCGAUCGCACUUUGAGAAGUCCGAAAACAGCAAAGAGGAGUUGGCCGAAAUGGCGGGAGCUGGUGCGGGAACCGGAACCUCCGCGGGGGGUUUCAAUCUCAAUGAUUUGGUGGGCCAAGGAGACGGAGCCACAGGUUCUGGAGAUGGAGGAGCCACUUCGAAAGCUGAAGCCGCAUGGAGGUUGAUAACAAAAAAACCGCCUACACCCAAAACUCCGAAGGAGAAGUUUCAACCUGCUACAGACAGCAGCAUUGCGGCAGAAACCUCUGGGGCUGAAAAGGGAAAAUCCACACCCAAACCUCCAGAUGAAGACGUGGAAAAAGGAACCAACACAUCAAAUGCUGUGCCAGGAGCCCAAAAACCAACAGCAGGGUCAGGAACCAACCCCAAGGAUAACUACGACAAGGUUCUGUCAAAUGUCAAGGAAACGGAUAAGACUUCCUCGUGUGUGAUUGAACUAAAAGCGGUUUGGUUCAACUUCGCCGCACCACCUUGCGUGCCUAUUACCCGAAAGAUUGAUCUGACUCGACUGGACUGGAAUCUCUUGAGCACGGCCUCUCCGGCUAUCACCGCAUGGAUGAACCCCAGUAAUCGACUGGCCAUGAAAAUAGUAUCCUUGAUGAAGGCUCUUCACACGAGACAAACGGCAGUGGCUGCUUGUCUUAUGGCGGAGGCCAUGGACAACGAGAAGAUCCAGAGAAACCCCAAGAUCAAGAAGGUAACAAAAGAGAGUCGGUACGCCAAUAACUACACGUUGCUGUCUAAGACGCUGCAGGAGGAUCCCAGUUGCCAGCUCUGCUACAUCAUGCAGAAGUUGGUUCUCGAUGAGGGCGUUCAGAGGAUAGAGACGAUAUUCAAGCAACACGAUGUUCCACAUCUGAACACUCUUAGACAGGGCAUUAUUGUGCUGAGCCGGCAGUGGAAGAAUACUCUUUACAAUCCGAUUCUUUUUGAGCAUCAGUACAAGAACAAGCUGGCGCGACCCAUUAACGUGACCUUUUCGUUCCCGCAAAACGAGGAGGAUGCGGAGAAUGAUGAGUGCGAAGGUGAUGUUGAAAUGGGCGCCUUUGCCGGCGUCGGCGAGAAUCCGGAAGAGAGUGAGAAUGCAUUAUUACUUGGGCAAACACAGCAUCAUCGAACUCACAUUGGUGUUCCUUAUGGCCAUGAUGGUGCAAACCAUGGAACCGCUUCCCAGCGAUCUACUUCCACUUCGCCAAAUAUACACCAUCCUCGGCGUGGCUUAAGCAAAGUGCACAGCAAAGCCUCUAACUAUUCACAAGGCAAUUCAUCUCGUUCCAGCAUUCAGAUGCUGCCCAUUAUUUCCGGGCUGGUGGAGAAGCAGGUUCCGGAAUUCGAAUACGGUGCCUUGCAAGAGGGAUCCUUGAGUUCCACGAACUCGGUAAAUAAAUUCUGGCUGGGCGCCGAGAACCACAAGGAGGAUUUGUACUUCUGGAUGGCCAAACAGCAGGAUAGCAAAAAGAAGCACUUCACAGAAAAGGAAAACGCUCGCCCGGCUCCUCUGAAAAUGACUGAACAUCCAGGACAAUCUCGUAGUGGCAUAAUGCAGGAUUCCAUUAAGCUUCUGGAUGCCCACCUAAUCUUUGAACCACUUCUCACCUGCUUGGGGGUUAUGCCACAACAAAUGAUCAACAAGUUUUCCAACGCGGACAUUUCUUCGUUGGAGAACUUUGGCACCAAUCUGUCCCUGAUUGGCACGUUUGAUUCUAUUCGGGUGGACAUUGUGGUCAGCGAGGCGGGUGACAAAAAGAACUCGGCCCAAAAGCCAGCUAAACUGAACAAAAAAUCAAACGGUGGCAGGGCCUCCAUAAUGAUGGACACUCCCUUGUUCUUAUGCGAGCGAGUGGGUGUGGAACUGGAAGUCUUAAAAAUGUCUGAUGGCAUGGUGGAUCAGGCGCGCCAGAAUGUCAUCUAUAUGUCGCGUCGCCAGCUUAAGAAACACACGAGCACAGUGAUUAAUUUCAGUCUAAAUGUUAGGUUUAUCUCGCAGCAGGUAAAUAUGCCGCUGCUGAGGCUGCUGCAUCAGAUCUGCAAUAUGUAUCAAAACGUUAAGGAUGCCCAGAACGAGUUUCACGAUCAGCCUGAGCUAAGCAAAAAGAGCCAAACCAAAGACGAGUGCAGUUUGGCAUCAGAGCCCACAGACAUCGUGCCAUUUAACUCGAUGUCCGAACGCUUUAGCCAUGGCGAAAACUACUCAGAUGAACGCUACGACAAAUUCAACGAAACGAUGCCCACAAUGUUGGCAAGACCGCGUCCAGGAGGUUUGGCUCCCAUUAUUCAACUAACACCUUCUCCAAAUGCCAAAAACAGGCCCCAAAGUUUCGCCCAAAAACUUCGAUCCACCGGGAAAUCCGUGAAGGGCAAGCUAGGAUACACGAAUUUGAAUGAGUCUAGUUCAUCGCCACUAAGGGAUAGUCCAACAAUGUCACUCCACGAACAAAAUAUCCUCAAAAUGUCCACCGAGUCGAAAGCUUCGCUAAAUGGUGCUUGUGCCACCAGUGUUAGUGGGGAUUACCAGAACACGCUGACCAAAGCUGGAAUGCCGACGAUGGCACCGAUGUUAGGGACGCCCAACUGCUGGAAGACAAUCUACCACCUAUUGGAGUUGUAUGGUACCAUGCCGGAGACCAAGACUGUGGUCCAAAGGAGCUCGUUGAACGAACACAAAAGCAAGUCGGCGGGCUUUGCUCACGACGAGGAUGACUUGGCCAGUGCACCAACACCCUUACCCCAACAUAGGGAGAUGUUGCUGGUAGAUGCUCCAUCCCAGGAACGAACACGCCUGAUAGUUUUCGGUGUGGCCAAGAUUCACAAAACUCGCCUGCUGGCCACGCUUUCUGGCCUCAAGCUGGAAUCGGAGAUCACCACCCUUAACAGCACAGCCACUUGGAGGAAAAAGGCUCGUCCUGUGUCCUUGGAAUGCUCUCUUACUGGCCAAGUGGGACGAGCUAUGAUUGUGCUGCUCGAAGGGGUGGCUCCCAGUCAACAAACCGUUGUAAAGGUAACCGUGGGCAAAAGCCAGACACUUUACUCGAGCCUUUCAAAACGGGGAAAGGAUAAAAACAGUGGACUGCUGUCGAUUGGAGCUGUUAACAUAGACAUACCGCAACAUCCGGUGGCCCUGCAUGGAAUGAUGACUCGAAGUUCUAAGCAGUUGUCGUCCACUCUACAGGAGCUACGUGUUAAGCGUAACUCAGGUCGGUCCACGGUGCGUUCGCAUACUGCCGAGGAGCCGGAGUCUCCGUUCCAUGCCCGCAAUUCUGGGGGAGCCAGCAGUGGAACUGGAGUGGCCAGCGAAAUGCGGGAGCGCACUGUUUCUGGCGGAGCUGGUGCGCAACAGCAGCCACAGCAGGCGGCUCGCCGGGCAGCACACAUGGCGCAAUCCAAGACGGGCACGGCACAGCACCAGAACGGAUUGCUUCAGCCCCUGGUCAUGCAGUUCAACGUGCUGUUGCAGAGUCUGUCCAUCAAUGCCGCGCUACUUCCUUCGCUGCAGGCUCAGUAUCGCAUGAAUCAUGUUAGUUCCAUGGGAGUAACUGGGCAGAGGGCAAAGUUCGUUAUCGAUCUUCCCACGCACACGCUCAGCUUUAACACCAAAAUUCAGAACGAGAUGAACCUGCCAUCGGAAGCUUGUAUUGGCCUGCCACCUGUUCAUGUUUUGGCGGAAUACAUUCCAGACCACCGCCAGGAUCACACGGAAAAUGUCGAGGGCAUUGUGCUGCGCCAAGGUGGCUAUGUGAACGCCAGUGCCGAGAUCGGCGAGUUCGAGCGCUGCCUAACCACAGAUCUUCUAAACCAUCUGGUCUUUGUGCAGAAGGUGUUUAUGCGUGAAAUCAACGAAGUGCUCCAGAAGGUGUACGGAGGUGAGAAACCUGUACCCCUGUGGACAGAGGAGAGCGGCGAUAAUUCGGGAGCAGUGCAGGAGUCCUCGCUUAAGCGCAUCCUCUUCUCAAUCAACAUUUCCAUGAAACGCAUCCAAUUGACGGCCACUACGCCCUGCUCUUCUGCGGUUCGAUUUGAAACCGGAAUUCUGGAGUUGCAGCUGUCCAACCGCGUGAAAAACCUGGGGGAUAUGAGCAAUCGUAAGCUCUUCUUUAAGGCCCACAUAGAUUUCAAUUUGUCCCUGGGUCAGAUUAUCCGUAACGUGAUUUUCGACGAGGCCGAGCCGGAGUUCCAGCAGUACGCCUUCUUCCACACAACCAUCAACUUGAGGAAUGCCUUCCAAGAUGAACUGCUCAACGAGGACAAGGAGUUGAUUCUGCUCACCCUCAAGAGACCGCUGGUUUACGUUCAGCCAAUUGCCGUGGACAAGGCGAUCCUCGUGUGGCUGAACUACAAGAAUGCGUACGAGUACUGGGCGGAGAAGCGCGCGAACCUCUGCCACGAGCACGCUCAGCAUAGCCUCCUUGGUCAGUACUCUGGACAGCAUCAGAACCAGAAUCUGCAAAAUCCACAAGUGUUCGAUCGCGUGGCUUUUGGCCAGAUUGCAGGCUCAAAUUUGUCUACGCUCUUUCUGCAACUAACCGUGGAGGACAUGGGCAUUUGCUUGCCCCUGAAACAAGUCAAUACUACGACAUUUGGAUCCCGGUCAUAUCAGGACUUUGAUGCCAAAGGUGCAGUGGUGAUCACGCUAGAAAACACGAUAAUCUCGGCCUGCAACUCGGGGGCUUUGGUUUCUAAAGGAAAGUUCCAGGGACUGUGCCUGCGUUUUGCCGAUGAUUUUGAAACCAAUCUGGAUGACUGGAAACCCAACAGUGCAGAGCCCAUUAUGAACGUUUGCGUUGUGUCUGAGGGAACCUUCGAGGUGUGUUCCCGCACUACAGCAGCUAAGAAGGGCGAGAACGCCAAGUGGCUGCUGAACGUGAAGUGGCAAAUGGAGGGCGUGGAUAUUCACCUGGAUGUUAAUAUUGGAAAGCAGCUAAGUUCUCUUGGCCACACUCUUACCAUGCUCACGGGCUUCGAAGAGGAUGAGACCCAAAUGGAAUCACCCGACAGCGAUGAAGGAGAUCAGAGCUGCAGAGAUACGUUUGUGCGGCGGAGAGGAGACUUCGACAACUUGCCAGCGUUUGUUUUUGAUCCCACCAUCGAUUCCAAGAAGCGUUCGUUUAUGAUGGAGAAGGAGAUGGCCGAACAGCUAAAGAUCAUCAAUGAUUUGCGCACUUUGGGAGCAUCACAUAAUACAGUCGCCCACGAGGAGAGGCGACUCCAAGAGCUACAAGCCAUCUGUUACAAGUAUUUCCGUAGAGAUAUGAUCCAAAAGUGGAAAAGGCCUUCGUUAAGAAGGUCACUGAAGACCUAUGGUCGCUCGCAUUCGUACAUUGGAUCUGGAUCUUCAGUGACUGGAGUUGGUGUUCCCCAAACAAUGGACAAUGGUAGCUAUACUGGCAGAAGACUGGACACAAUUGCCUCCAAUGAUGAGAUAUCUAGCUUGCAAAGCACACCGGCCUCUUGUCAUUCCCGUAGUGCUUCCUUAAAACAUACGGCAGGCGGAGGAGUAAUUGGAGGGGGAGUUAAUGCUCUUGGACGAGUCACCUUCACGGAAGCUAUGCGGCAGACUUCACUACCCAAUGCCGACACGGAUACAGAGACAGCUGACAAUGAGCUUGAUUGGCGAGGUGAUAUCACGCCUAGUGAGAUUGAUGUUGAUGGCACCUCCGUGGAAAUGCGACGCAAGCAUGGACAUGGUCAGAAGCAGCCGGAACCCAACAUCGACUUUGAACUGGACAUUAAGGUACUGGUGAACUCUGGAAAAUGCGUGCUCCACACGAAGGAUACUGGAGAGGAGCGAGGCUACGCUGGUGGAUCGGGAGCAGCUUCAAGUGGUGUGCCAGCCUCAAGUGUAAAAUCCCACAAGCGCGAGAGAAGCAUAGGCAACGAUUGGGGCAGUCCAACUCCCUCGAGAAGGCAGAGGGACAAGAGCAAGCUGCGCUACAAUGCCAACGCAUUGCUAGCCGAUCUUACCAUUUUCCAUAUCCCAGGUUUGGAUGUGAAACUUCACUAUCAGUCAAAAACACUGGCCGAGCAACAAACUGGAGAUCAGUUGCCAACUGGACGACGAAUGGGCAGCAAACGAGCAACUUUGUGUGCGUGGAUGACUUUACAAAGUAUCCCAGAGGAAACUAUCAUAUCUCCCCAUAUUUUGGAAUUCCUAGAGCAGACUCUAGAGCCCAUUCCUGCUCGUCAAUCCAGCAGUGUUCCUCCGACUCCCUCCCACAAUACAGGUGUUAAUCUGGACAUACUGCCUGCCAACUAUGUGACUUAUGCUUCAUUUCCGGUGGAUGUUAUUGUUUACUUUCAUAUGCAACCUUCUACCUUUAGAUUUAGUUGUCUGCCAGUUUCUAGAGUGGAAUGUAUGCUUCAGCUACCUAGUUUGGAUAUUGUAUUCAGUUCAAAAAGGAGCAGCGACGAGGAAAACUCAGCACAGCCAGGGGUUCAUGCCCAACCAGAUCAGCAGCUUCCCACUGGUGGACUAAGUGUCACAGGCUGCCUUGCCGACUUCAAUGUGUUCAUUUUCCAUCCGUAUGGUGGCAAAAAGACUUCUAAGGAAACACAGUUUUCACCUCUGAGCGACAGUGAAAGGAAGGAUUCGUUGAGUAUCAACGUGGAGUUCGUUAAGUUCCACAUCACGCGUUGCAGAAAGGUGUACAUCGAACCUCUGCCCAGUUCUAAGAGAUCUCUUGAUCAAUCGCGAGCCGUGAUACGGUUCUCUACAAUUGUGGAUAUUGGUAGUGCCAGUUUUAAAUACGACAUGAGGAGACUGACUGAGAUCCUAGCCUUCCCCAAGGCUUGGUAUCGCAGGAGGAUUGUGAGAAGGCUUUUCCUGGGUGAUCUUAGUGUGCAACAGCAACAGCAGCAACAGGGAAAUGGCGCAGAAACACCAACUGGCUGCUCACCUGCUACUCCAACGCCCAGUGAAGACGCCUCCAAGGCUAAGGAUAAAAUGCGCCUUGACUUUGAUGGACAAACGUCGCAACAACAGCACUUGGGACACUUCGGAGCUGUAAGACAUUUAAAAAAUCUGGGCAAGUCCUCCAGCGCUGAGUCCUCAGGAACGCCUCCCUCUGAAAAGAACCAAAUCACUGCCUGGGAAACUCUGGUCAUCUUUGCAGUUAAUUUUACUAAACUUAAUGUGCAAAUGAACAUUGGUAAUGUGUGUGGCAAUGUGGUCUGGCUCACAAAAGACUUUCAAUCGGAUGGACGUCUUUCCAUCGGAAGCACUGGCUACAAAAACAUGUAUGCUGGGAUAUAUCUGGGGGGAUCUGCCCUAGAUGCCAAAGGUGGUAUAGUUGGUGGUAGUUUCGAGGUGAACAAGAUCAACAAACGAUUUCACAUCAAGGAGGAGGCGGGCAUGGAGCCUUACCAUACCAUGGGACUGAGUUUUAUGGCCCUGGAACUGAGACUAGAUUACAUGGGAACAUCAGUGUUGAUGACCCGAAUUAGCAGCUUCUCAGCUGCCAUGAAAGAUGAGUGGCGCACUGCUUCCCAAGCGGCUGCAACUCCAGCACAUGGCAAGGACCAACCCAGAGCCUUGAUCUUUAUUCACGGCGAUCUUACCUGGGACCAAUUGCAGAUCAUGAUCAGCAAGUCAACUACGGCAGAUCUAUUGAAGAUGUACUUCAAAUUGGAGGAGUUCUUCACACAGCAGUUCAAAUCCUCCAAGAGGGUGUUUUCCAAUCUGGAACCUCGCUUGCAGGAUCGCACUGCCAGCAUCAAGAGACGUCAGCAGCUUAAGAAAAAGCCUGCAAAUGGAGAGCUUGUUGCUCCGCCUCAGAUUCAGGGUAUGAUUGGCGAAAAUACAGACGCACGUCAUCACCGUCAUUGGCAGAAGCCAUUGGCACAGGCGGUAGGUCUGGUGGUGCCCUCACUAGUGACCCGUUUGCCACGUCACGGUAAUGUUUUGGGUGGCACCGUCGAACUUCGGGGACAGAACAUCUCCCUGGCUUGCUUUCACGGAAUUAACUUCAAGUCUAAGUCGUGGGCCCUGUUCAGUUUGAGAUCCCCAUCCAUUAACUUUGCAACUGAGGCGCGGCAAAGCGAGGACGAAGUGCUGGUCACCCAGACACUGACCUCUUCCUUGGGACAGACAACGGAGGUGCAGCAGCAGCAAAACCACUCUAUGGCGAUCGUGAGUCGUAUCACCAGAAACAUAAUUUUCCCGCCUCAGUUCAAGACGCUUAAUGAGUGGUUCCAUUACGCUUUUGCAAACAGCGAGAUUGAUGCUGUGGAUCGCUUCCCCAUGCUGGAAUGCGAGCGGGAGAUCGCAUCCAAUUCUAUAGAGCGAACACGGGCUUCUGGUAGCAGCAGCGCUGCCAAGGCACAGGAACACAACCACAACCGCGAGGUCAUCUUCGCCCUGCCCAGCCUGCAACUGCAUUUCAAGACUGAGCACAAACAGGGACCAACCACACCAGAGCCAAGUGAAAAUAAGCCAGAAGUUUUGUGCAGCUUCAUCACUGAAUUCGAUGACCACAUUUUUGUGACCGUCGACGCGGACGCCUUCUUCUUCCUGCACGAUCUCAUCACAUCCUAUGUGACUGAAAAGGAGAAGGUGAUCGGAGCUCAGUCGGCGAGGGCAGCGUCGCCCAAUCUCUCGCAGAAGGCUAACCUGAAGCCAUAUCUGACUGACGAGAUACUCAAAGAGAAAAAGGGUGCCUCAAACACGAACCUUACUGCUCAGGGCAAGCAAACUAGCGGUAGCAAGAGCAGUUUGGACCCACUGCAAGGAAGCCACACGAACCUAGCGAACGCUGCUGCCAACAUGUCAGGGGCAGCGACAACGAACACGUCGACAACCACAACAGCCACAACCUUAUCACCUGGAGCGGCAGCUGGUGGACCAUCGACAAGCGCAAACGACUGCACUGAUGGCAAGCAGCAGCAACAGGAGGGUUCCCCGCCGACCUUUGAUCUCGAAUCGUUUGUGCGUGACUGGCGGCACUUUGAGUGCCAGACGUGGCACUUGGAACCGACAGUUCGCCUACUCUCCUGGGCGGGAAAGUCCAUUGAGCCAUAUGGCGUUGAUUACAUCCUAAACAAACUGGGCUUCAGCCAUGCACGCACCACCAUACCAAAGUGGCUGCAACGCGGAUUUAUGGAUCCGCUGGACAAGGUGCAGGCCCUGAUGAUGCUGCAACUGCUGUUGAUGGUGCGCGAGAACAAAGUGGAGCGUGAUGGUGGGGCAAGUGGAAGUGGCAAGCAGCAACAGCAGAACCAUCGACCCCCAACGAAUUAGCCAUGGCAGAGUAACAUCUAUGACAGUUGACAAUUAUCCAAAGUCCUUCGAUUUAGUCUAAGUAGCGAUGUAUAGAUUUUUCACACGUGUAAAGUUUUUAUUAUUUAUUACCCUGGUCGACCUAGCAUGCUUUAAGAUUGAAACUGGUGGUAUUAUGUGGCCAGUAAGGCAGCUUCAUAUAUAAUGUAAAUGGUUUGCUCUCGUUCCCCUUCUUUUUAAGCGUAUCUGUAUACCCUUUCUAUAGGUGUAAUGUCAAGUGCUUCGUGUAAUUUGCUCAAUUUUUGCGCUUUGUAACUAUCAUUACAUGGUUUUGUUAUUUUAGAAAUUACUAGCAACAAUGAGCAAGGCAAUUGUGUUUAAUAUAUAAUUAGAUCUAAUUCAAUAUACAUACUUAUAUUAUAAUUCAAAAAAAUG